UCACACUCUCACUCUAGCAACCAUUGUUCCUCUCCCAAAACAACCUCAUCUAUCUCCUUCAACAUCUAAAAAAAUCUGCAGCAUGAGCUCGAAAGCUUUUGCAGCACUGCUUCUUUUGGCCUUCACCAGCUCUUCAAGUGCUACUUGGUGCGUUUGCAAGGAAGGAAGUGAUACGAUUCUGCAGAAAACCUUAGACUAUGCGUGUGGAGCUGGGGCUGAUUGCAACCCUUUGCACCAAAAUGGCCCUUGUUUUCAACCAAACACUGUUAGAGCUCACUGUAACUAUGCAGUUAACAGCUAUUUCCAAAAGAAGAGCCAAGCUCAAGGCUCUUGUGACUUUGCAGGAACCGCCACUGUUACUGCUUCAGAUCCCAGCAGUGCAGGAUGUUCCUACCCUGCAAGUUCCAGCAGUGCAGGCACAGGAACAAACAGUGGGACAAAAACACCUUCCGGCAUCUCUUCUUCUUCUCCGUACAGUUCCACAGCAGGAGUGUUGGGAGGGAUUGGCAGUGACACCAACCCAGAUGAGAGUAAUGGUGGCCUUAUCAACACUACUUUCUUCAUUUCUUUCUUUUCAUUUUUCAUCGCAAUUCUCUCCUGCUGCUGCUGAAAACUCUCUUCUUCUGUGUAUGUCACACUCACCAUGUUAUUAUGAUGGACCAAUGUGAUGUUGUAUUUUACUCUGCAUCUGUUACUCUUAUUAAAAAUCUGCACUUCCAUAUUUCCAAAUUCAGGUUAUAUGGAUUAUAUAGUUUCAAA